UUUUGUUAAUGGUACUCGCAUUCUCUGGAUUUUUGCAGUUUCAUCAUAAUGCAGUGUUCUAAAUUUGUAGUCAAGUGUGGGAAUUUCGCCGUGCUGGUGGAUCUUCAUAUACUGCCUUUAGGCGGCCAAAACAAUGCCAGCUGGUUCUCUCCAGAGCACAGGAAGGAAGUGGGCUCCCUGAUUAGAGAAGCAUUGGAGCUGAGGGUGAGGCAGUUUCAAGAGGCCAGAUACCAGAAGAUCCAGCCCAAACCGAGGAAGGAUCUCACCUUGACCGCCCCGCUCUGUCUUGAAGGUGGAAAUGUUCGCCUGGCGGUGCACUUCAUGAAACGUCACGUCAUCCUGAGAUGCAUAGUCAGGCAGCACUACAGAGAGUUGCGUGUGUUUCCCGAGCGUGUUGUAGUGUGUGCCAGUCCUCUAGAGAAUUCUGCACUUCCCAGUGGAAAUCUGAACCUGGAUGUGGUAAGAGCUGCUUAUGUUAUAAAAUAA